GUCACGCGCUGGUUCCAGAACUUGGCUGCUAAGGGCGUCUAGGAGCUCUGCCUCAUCAACAACCCGUGGCCACUCGCGCUCGAGGACUCCGCUGGGCUCGCAUCCGCGGACAACACCUCCUUCCGCUGCGUUGACGGCAUACCUUCACCGCGACACCCGCGGUUCAGUCCCAGGUGGUGCUUCCAAUAGUGGCUCCAGCUUCCGCAUGCAGCGGUUCAGUCCCAGGUGGUGCUUCCAACAGUGGCUCCAGCUUCCGCAGCAUCGUGACGAGGAGGUCAAGGCACGACGCCGCGGCGUCGAGAAGAAGCUUGUAAGCCUCCUUGCUACGUUCCUCACUAGAGGGAAUUUUCCCCAUGGGCAGUUCGGAGCAGCAUCAGCAAUAUGUUCGGGGGAUAUGGCUACUCAGAGUGAAGAAGACCAUGUAAGAAGUUUAUUCCGUGCCAUUGGAAAAUUUUGCAUAGCUGAAGAGAUAUAUUUUGAUGUUGUUACUGGCCUGAGUGGUAGUGGUCCAGCCUACAUUUUCUUAUCAAUAGAGGCCAUGGCUGAUGGUGGAGUUGCUGCUGGACUUCCUCGGGACCUUGCUCUUGCCCUUGCAUCUCAGACAGUUCUUGGUGCUGCAACCAUGGUGAGCCAGACGGGAAAACAUCCAGGUCAACUGAAGGAUCAGGCCACUUCUCCAGCAGGAAUUACCAUAGCCAGAAUUCGGGAGCUUGAGAAAUGUGCAUUUCGUGGAACACUGAUAAAUGUUGUUGUUGCUGCUGCCAAGCAGAUUUGAACUAUAUUGGUCUUGAGGGAGAGAUUGGUUGCAUGGUAAACGGAGCGGGAUUGGCUAUGGCUACCAUGGAUAUUAUCAAGUUGCAUGGUGGUACGCCUGCCAAUUUCCUACGUUGGUGGAAGUGCAUCAGAGGGGCAGGUUGUGGAAGCAAUUAAGACACUGACUUCAGAUGAUAGAGUGAAGGCAAUCCCACUAGUGACUCCGCAUAAUAGUCCUUGCAAAUCCACUGAUACAUAAUACUGGCUAUUAUCUGGGUUGAUGGAAGACUAUUAUCUGGGUUGAUACUGACUAUCUGGCAUUCUGACUAUAUGGGUUCUGCCGAUGCGCGUUUCCUUGAAGAUGAUCCGCUCAAGAUUGAUCAGUCGGCACUCACUGGAGGAUUUCUGCCCACGACCAAAGGUCCUGGUGAUGGGUGUACUCUGGCUCAUGCAAACAAGGGGAAACCGAGGCUGUUGUCAUCGCCACCGGUGUACUGGUCCUUUUGGAGGUGUGUCCAACUGGUCAUGAACUCAAGGAGAUUAGAGAUCAAGCAAAAUCCAAGGAGAUUACUCACUACUUCUAUGGUGCUGCUUCGUACCUAAGUGACAAGGUAUUUCUUGCAUUGCUACGAGUGCUGAUUGAGCUACUGCAUAUUAGUAGGAUUGGUGUUCAUGGGAUGUUUGCAAUGGCGUUGGAAAACAGUGGAGUGUGGAAUGUCUAUAGCGUGUUCGAGUCAUAUAUGCAGGUGAAUAUGGCGGCCAAAGGGCAAGAGAUAUUGCUGUUACCAUUACAACCAUAUCAAAUUGAGAACACUUAUGCCGUUGCUGUGCCUCUAGAGAAAUUCCUUAGGCAGUUCAAAGAGGUUCUACUUCUCAACUUGGUGCCAUGGCUGAAGACUCCACUAUCACCAGACUCCAAUGCAGAUGAUGAUAAAGGCAAAGAAGCUAAAAGUAGUGCAGAGAAGCUUGCUGAACCAGAGUCUGCUGCUACUCAAUCCUCUAAACCAAAGGUUACCUAGGAGGAAACGAAGGAUCCUGGGAAAGGGAAACUGAAGACUUAUGUUGGCGGCCGCAGGACAUUCCUUUAGAAGACGACCUGACGGUUCUCCAGAGUUCCAUUCCGGCAAUAGCACUUGAGGGCAAGUGCUUGCUAAAGGGGAAGGAAUUUGUCACGACCCGCCGUGUUUCUGCUCAUUUUUGAUUAGGCAUGGUUAAACUGGUUUAGCCAUUUUACUUUUCCUUUUGGAUUAUUAAUCAGUUAAUCUUCAGUUUAGCUUAAUUUGCUUUGAUAAUCACUAUAUGAGCUGUAACCGAGCAGUGGUUAUAACCCAGUCUCCGGAGCACUCUGGAUGCCAUCUUGUCAUUUAUAUGAACCACUACCACAUCUCUGUUAUGAACAGGCUACUGUAGCUGUGGCAGUUCGUCCAAA